GAGCGGAUUGGGAUUCAGCCCGCAUUUCCGUCUCAGUGUCCUUGGCUGGAGUAGCUACCGGGAGCAAGAGAUCAUGUACAGGCAUCUUGUGGCCCUUCAUCAGGUGUCCCGGCGGACGCUUGUGACCAGCGCUCGCAGGCAGGUGGAGAACAAAGUACCACUGAAGCAGAAGCUCUUCCAAGAGAAUAAUGAGAUACCGGUGCACCUGAAGGGUGGAGCAGGCGAUGCUAUUUUGUACCGCGCCACAAUGGGCCUCACAGUCUUGGGAACUGCCUUUGUACUGUACGAGCUGGUCAAGGCGUCACUUCCACAAAAGAAGGACUGAUCGCCGCCCCUGGACGUCAUUUUGUAAGGAGUAAAAAGGAUGUAUAUUUAUUAUUUUCAUUGUGGGACCAAUCUACACGUAUGUAGCUGUGGACAAUAAAAUCCGUCUCCAUGA